AUGGGGAGCCGCUGCUGCCAGGAGUGCCAGGCCAAGUGUAUCUUUGGAGGAAAGGUGCUGGCAGAAGGUCAGCAAGUGCUCACCAAGAGCUGCAGGGAAUGUCGAAAUGGAGUUUUAGUAAAAGUUACAGAGACCUGUCCCCCGCUGAACUGCUCAGAAGAUCAGGUUCUUCCAGAGAACCAGUGCUGCAGGGUUUGUAGAGGCCAUGACUUCUGUGCAGAGGGCCACAGGUGUGGUGACAAUUCCGAGUGCAGGAACGGGGACACCAAAGCCACCUGUGAGUGCAGGAGCGGCUUCCUCUCUGUGCCAGGGGACCCUGCAGGCUGUGAAGACAUUGAUGAGUGUGCUGCCCAGCUGCACUACUGCCACGCCAACACCGUGUGCGUGAACCUGCCCGGCUCCUACCGCUGCGACUGCGCUGCAGGCCACGUCCGCGUGGACGACUUCUCCUGCACAGCACUGUGUGAAGAAGGGUGCAGGAAUGGAGGAACUUGUGUAGCUCCUAACAAAUGUCUCUGCCCUUCUGGAUUCACUGGCAGUCACUGUGAGAAAGAUCUCGAUGAGUGUGCCUUAAAGACCCACAGCUGCUGGAAUGACUCAGCCUGUGUGAACCUGGCAGGAGGCUUUGAGUGCCUCUGCCCCCCCACGCCCUCCUGCACUGGAGACUGUCCCCACGAAGGUGGCCUCAAGCGGAACGGGCAGGUGUGGACCCUGCGGGAGGACAGGUGCUCCGUGUGCUCCUGCCAGGACGGGAGGAUCUUCUGCCGGAGGACGGCCUGCGACUGCCGCAGCCCCGGCGCUGACCUCUUGUGCUGCCCCGAGUGCGACAGCCGCGCCACCAGCCAGUGCCGGGGCCAGAGCGGGCAGAGGCUCUACCGCAGCGGGGACACCUGGAGCCACGGCUGCCAGCGCUGCCGCUGCCUGGAAGGAGAGGUGGAUUGCCGGCCUCUGGAGUGCCCGCCCCUGGACUGCGAGUACACGGCCAUCUCCGAAGGAGAGUGCUGUCCCCACUGUGUCAGUGACCCCUGCCUGGCUGACAACAUCACCUAUGACAUCAGGAAAACCUGUCCAGAUGGCUUUGGCAUCACGAGGCGCAGCGGGGCUGUGUGGACCAUGGUGGGAUCUCCUUGUACAACCUGCAAGUGCAAGAACGGGAGCGUCUGCUGCUCGGUGGAUGUGGAGUGUCUCAGCAAUAACUGAGCCAGGCUGCCUUGCAGGGAGGAGCUGCUGAGCUGCACCCAGGGGAGGCCGUGGGCCCUGCGGUGGGCACAGCAGACAGUCCCCAACGCCCUGCCCCAGGAGGGGCUUUGGAGCUGCCUUUGGCACCCGGCACUGCCCCGUCCUCGCUGCCCUUGGCCAGGGCCCCCUGGAGCAGCGCACAGGAACCAGGAGCUGCUGCAGUGUGCAGUGCUGUAAAUCACACACCUUUCCUGUCCAGAGACUGCAAAUAUGUGUAAAUUAUUCCAUGGGUACACUGAUGCUGUAUUUUUGUUUUACUCUGUGUAUUGACGACAUGGAUAGAAUUCAGCUCCUCUUCCUUUGGAUCUAGAUUUUACAGAUGAGACAGCCCGUCGUGAUUUUGUCCCAUGAUGUCACACACUUGGUUCCAAGGUCCCUGUUAGCUGUAUUUAUGAAAAUAUGUAUGUAUGUACAGUCAGAUUGCAUAGUACCUCUAUUUCACAGCUGUCCAGCAUUUUAAAGCAUUCAAAGGUAUGGAUGGAAUGAAAGUAAUCAAAAUAAGUCCGUCUGAAACUGUAAAAUUAAAUGCCAUGAACUGAAGGAAAUGGCAGAAUGAGCACUUUCUUCUCCAAACAUGCAGAGCAGCAACGAGACCUCUGCAGUGAGAAAUGGAACUAAAACUGCAUCCCACUGCCAAUCCAACACAUAUUCAAGAAGGAAUCACCUUUAUUAUGUUCUGUUGAGUAUAAUUCCUCUGGAUUGUACAGUGCUAGAACAGUCAGAGACCCUUAAGAUGAUCUAGUUUGAGUUGGGCAUAGUUUAAGUUAAGUAUAUUUAAGUUGAGUAGGUUAGAAUUUGCUUGCAUUUGUAGCAUCCCUGAUGAGUUCAGGAUUUUUCCUCUUCUGUGUUUGCAGUGCUGAUGGUGUCUGUCAUCCUCUGUCACUGCUGCCACAGUGACAAAGAGCAGAGCCCCUGUUCCAGCCACACGCAGGGCAGGGACCUGAAUGCUUGGAAAUUCCAUUACCAACAGCUCAGAAACAGAUUUUAUCCUUCCACAUUUUAUGACAUUCAAAAAUACUUAAAUGUGCUGUGUUGUUGAGGACCUAAGUUUAGACAGGGAUUUAAAUCAAGACUCUUUGCCCCGUAUGGAGGUUAGAGCUUAGAUUCUCUCAGCUAAUGUGGAUUUUCCAUGAGGCUGGAAAGAUUGUGGCAUUAGAACAGGAAUGUAUUUCUAUGGCGAUGCAUCUACAGCUUAAAUGUCACAUUUUUAAUGUGCUGUUGUGUUUUGUUCUGCUCAUUUGUGCACUGUUUUUGAGUUUUCCUUUUGUUUAUUUAAUUAAAGACACUGGAUAUAUGGAAAAGAUUGCAGAAAUAAGUAUAGUGGCUGCAGUUUGGAAAGUCUCCAUUUGUGACUUCUUCAUAGUUUCAUGCAGAAAAUGUGAAACUGAUUAAUAAGAAAGAAGUGUGACUCUACAGUGAAAACAUGAGUUGUCUUUUAAAUGAAGCACUAUUAUAAGGGGACGGUGGAAAAGAAUGUAAAAUCACUUUUGGUCACUCAGAUAACUUUAUUCCAGUUUUUGAAACAAGGUUUGCUUUAGUUAACAGCUUUGUGUGGUAAAGUUAAGUUUAUUUUCUUAAAAUGCCCCAUCAUUUUCAGCUGAUAAUGUAUUGACUCUACUUGCAUUGCCCUGAUGACUGUACAGUAAGGGAAAGAGUUGUGUUUUAUAUGAUACUCACAGGAUGUUUGUAAAUCAUGAUGUCAGUUCAUUUUGUAUCUCCCAUUGUCAAACCCAAUGGUAAUUCAGCUGGCUAAGACACCCAGUGGGCUGAGAUAUGAAGGGGAAUGAUUGAAAAUUUGUGGGCAUCUCAAUAAACUCCUGUGUACAGA